AUGCAUAUAAUGCCAUCGUUUGUCCUCUGGACAUUCCACCUGUGCUCUCAGUGGUUCCAAGGUCUCACUGAUCUGUUACCUCAUAUCCCAGAUACUCAAACAGUCAACAAUUUUGCCAGUCAAACAGGGUUAUUGUAUCCGGGAGGUAUGAAGUACUCCAAGAUAGCCUCUUGGGUCUGCAUCCCACUGUUGACAUGCCGUGGUGUUGAUGCAACCAACUCAGCGGACGGUGGCUCCGAGCUACAGCUUAAUGAAAGUCCGUUUUCUAAGAACUGGCAGGUUCUUGGACCGUUUGAAAUAGGAACGAGGGAAUCAUCUUGGGGUGCUGACCCACUGGAAGCAUAUGGUGGCUUCCAAACGCUGCAAUAUGACCCAAAGGCCAGCUUUGACAGCUCUCUGGCACUUAACGGUCUUGCAAAUUGGUCAAUGGCUUCGACGCAUGUCAAUUCAACUGCUAACCCUCCGGAGACUAUACUCGAUAUCAAUUUAUCCCCGGAUAACUUGACAUCUCUUCAAGAAGUCUACGGCUGGGAUGCAAAGCAGUACCAAGCCUGGGCGCGUGGAACAUUGACUGUUUCUAAAUCCAACUCCGUGGUCGCUUUGUAUACGGAUAGGAUCUGGGAAUAUCGAAUUGACAACAAAUCAUACUUCGGCGGGGACUUUUUUGGUUUCCGCAGAGCACCACUUCUUCUGGAUUUGUCCCCUGGAACUCACACUGUUGACCUUCGUGUGGUCCGCGAUGUCAGGGCUCUUGGAGCCGUUGGCGAACCGUUUAUCAAUGUUACGCUCAUUGCACAGGAGUUGUCUAAAACACUAAUUGUGGACAAAAAGAGUAUACUCGUUGCGGAUGUUGUUGAAAAUCGUUUGAUUAGCCCGCAUGCUUCCGUUACUCUCCAUAAUACUAUGGGAAAUCCUGUUGAUGUGGUUGGCAUCAAGGAAGAUAGCACCCAGGCCGCCCGGUUUUCUUUGAAAAUGUUAAACAACAAUGUGAAGCUUGAGGAAGCACAAUCUCGCGCAAUUGGCUUUACAAUUGAGGCGAAAGAUAAAAUCAAUGUUCCAUCCUCGGUGUCUUUAUACUUCGAGUAUACCACCCCUGAUGACUCCAGCGUUCAGAGGACGCAGACCAUGACCAUCACUUUUACAAGGCGAAAGCUGCCAGAAGUUCAACAAAAUACUUUCAUGCUGCCAGGAGGAGUAGUCUCUUAUGCCACUAUGCGGCCUCCUACAUCCUUAGAAUGCAACAAAGACAAAAGCGCAAAACUUCCAGUAUUGCUAGGUCUCCAUGGAGCGGGACAAGCUGCAAGUGAUGAGAUAAUUCGCACUAUGCUUGAUGGUGUAUCUGACAUAUGUGCAUGGACCUUAUUUCCCAGCGGUGUGACACCUUGGAGUGGAGAUGAUUGGCAUACUUGGGGAUUUGCCGACUUACAGCACUCAGUCCGGGCACUUAACGACUACAUUAAGUACAGUGGUUGGACAGGAGUCGGGCUUAUCGACGGUGAUUGGAUUAUAGCCGGACACUCAAACGGCGAAACAGGCCAGGGAACAUGGUAUACCAUCUCACAUUAUCCCGAUAAAAUAAUUGCUGCAGCACCUGUUGCAGGCUAUACCUCGAUAGAAAACUAUGUUCCAUACUCCAUGUGGCAUAACACAGACUCAUUGCUGGCAUCUACAUUUUAUCGGGCGCGCCAGGACUUUAAACAUGAGAUUCUAGUUGAUAACUUUGCUGGAAUUCCGGUCUAUCAACAGCAUGGUGCCUCUGACGAUAAUGUGGUUGUAUACCAUUCUCGGCUGAUGCAUAGGUUGUUGCAAGAGAGCGGUUCACCCUCAAAGUAUCAUGAAGUGCCAGGUAAAAACCACUGGUAUACUGGAAUUAUGACUUCCGACUUCCUUAAGGAUUUCUAUCGUACAUAUGUUCAGCGCCCAAAUGCCACUGACCUUCUUCCUCAAAGAUUUUCGGUCACUCUCCCACCUGCAGGUCAUAUGGGUACCAGAGGCGGUAUAUAUGUUGAUCAAUCACAUACCCCUGACCGAGUUGGCUCUAUUGAGGUUGAGCGAGGUAUGGCCAAUGACGGAGUCUGGAAGUUAAAGACACGAAAUAUCCGCCGUUUCCACCUCGAGACCAGUGCAAUCAGAUCACAUGUUCCACUGUAUAUCCAGAUAGAUGGCUCUAGAUUUACAGUCACUCCUAGCAACUCUACGACAACAUGGUACACACAAGAUGCCGCUGGGAAGUGGACAUCGGGUGGUGACUCCUGGCGUACUAUUUCACAGAGAUAUGGCAGACAGGCUGGUGUGAAUGCUUUCCUCCGCACAGAAGCGCCGUUUACUGUGACCGCUGCAGCUCAGGAAACUCGAGAUCUCGCCCUGCAAACUUGCAGAAAUUUAUUCCAGUACCUGUCAGCCGAUUGCAUCAUUUCGUAUGCUGUGCCCACUGCCAACUCCACGACCGCUACUAGCCCGGCAGGUAACAAUGUCGUCAUCUUGCUCGGUGCUCAGCCAAAUGGAUACACAGCGGGCGACUCUGCUAUAUCAAUAUCAGCACGAUCACUGGAUAUCAAGACUUCCCAGGGAACAACAAGUUAUCCCUUUGAGCCGGGUCUCGGUGCUAUCUUCAUACGCCCCUUGGUAAAUGAACGUUUAGAGCUAGUUAUUUGGGGAUCCGACAUGGCCGGCCUUCAACAGGCUGCUCGCCUGGUGCCUGUCCUCACAGGAGUUGGCCAGCCUGACUUCGUGGUUGUCAACAAGGGGACCCCAUUGAAGGGACAAGGCUCUCUCUAUGCCGCUGGCUUCUUCGAUUCUGAGUGGAAAGUUUCUGCGGCCUCUUAUGUCUCUUGA